UUUACUUGGUAUUGUCUUUUCAAUUCAGUUUUGAACCGUUAUAUUAUUUUCUAACUAUUUUAUCGUUUAUUAUGUGAACCAAUACACGUACAAUCGUCGAGCCCACAUAAUAUUACAGUGCAUUCGUUUUCUUGCUAAUCUACGUGCAUGUGCAGUUCCACCAAGAAUUGUCUGCCCGAACGACACUCCAACCGAUCAUAAAAGAAAAUCACCGUCGGGAAGAACUUGAAGCAUCUGAUGGCUCUGUCGGGUUCCGUGAACCGAACGAUGAUCAAAGAUUUAUUCUCAAGACUUGACGAAGACAGGGAAGCGUUGGUAAGAAAAUUAAACACCGGCGAAGACCUGUACCCGAACUGUGACAAUUCUAUAUGGCUUCGAAGUUGUACAAAAGAGACUACUAGUCCAAUUCAUGGAAAACCCAAAGGUAAAAUACCAAAAUGGUUAAACGGAUCACUGCUAAGAAAUGGACCAGGUUGCAUGAGUGUCGGGGAAUUUGAAUUCAAACACUUAUUCGAUAACUCAGCGUUGUUACAUAGAUUUGCAUUUGAUAACGGCACAGUAACGUACCAAUGCAGAUUUUUGAAAUCUAAUACUUACAAACAAAACCACGCAGCUCAGAGGAUUGUCGUCACAGAGUUCGGAACUAGAGCUUGCCCAGACCCAUGUCAAACGAUUUUCCACAGGUUUGCCAAUGUGUUCAAUUGGAACUUCGACGAAACAGAUAACGCAAUGAUAUCAAUAUAUCCCAUUGGAGAUGAAUAUUAUGCACUAACGGAGUUUCCUGUGAUGAUCAGAAUAGAUCCCAAGACCCUGGAAACGCUCGAUAAUGUUAAUAUUGCUAAGAAAAUGGGCAUAGUGCACCACACUGCGCAUCCGCUUUUAGCGUCCAACGGGGACGUGUACAAUUUGGCGACUAUCCCUAAAAUAGACGGUCCUUACUAUGGCGUGGUCCGUUUUCCUCGGUGCGAUCCAGAAACCGGACAACAGCAUUCCGGUGCCGAUGGGAUGUUCGAUAAAAUGCACGUGGUGGCUUUGGUCAAGUGUCGAUGGCCUUUGCACCCGGGCUACAUGCACACGUUCGGUAUGACCGAACAUUACUUUGUCAUAGUCGAACAACCGUUGAGCGUGUCCAUACCGACGGCGCUGGUGAACCGAUUCAACGGAGAACCACUGUCUUCUGCUCUUAAAUGGUUCCCAGACCAUCCGACUUUAAUUCAUUUGAUUUCUCGAGUCGACGGACAAACAGUAACGACUUAUGAGGCCGAGUCUUUUUUCUACCUUCACAUCAUCAACCAGUACGAAAACAACGAUAGCGUAGUGAUCGAUAUUUGCUGUUACCGAGAUCCAGCCAUGCUCGAUUGUUUGUACAUAAAAGAGUUACAAAACCUGAACAAAAAUCCAGAUUAUGCAGCCAUGUUCCGGAGUCGGCCGCUUAGAUUUAUGUUGCCAUUGACCGGCCAAAAAAACGGUGGAAGAUUGGCGGCACAACACCCGUUUGUAUGGCCAGAGGCACUGUGCGAUUUAGGAUGUGAAACUCCCAGGAUAAACGACUGUAGGGCGGGGAUCAAGUAUAGGUUUUUCUACGCCAUUUCGUCGGACGUGGACGCAAAAAAUCCGGGCACGAUCAUCAAAGUGGACACUGUCAACAAAAAGUGUAUAACUUGGUGUGAACGAAACGUUUACCCUAGUGAACCGAUUUUCAUCGCAUCGCCCAACGCUGAAGACGAGGACGACGGAGUGGUGAUGUCUUCGAUUGUCUGGGGAGGAACUGAACAUCAACGUCGAACAGGAGUUUUAGUUUUGGAUGCAACAACUUUGAAGGAAUUGGGCCGGGUGACGUUUGACACAGAAUCCCCAGUGCCAAAAUGCUUACACGGAUGGUACGCAUUGAAAAUGGUCUGAGCAAAAUACUUAAUUCCAUUUUAAAAAUAAAUCAUUAAUAUCUACCAAAAAUAAUCAUAAUAGAAUUCAUAUAAAUAGGGUUGAAGAUAAUAACAACAAUAGUUAUUAUAGGGCUAACAAGAAUGUGAACAAUAAAAAUAGUAGGAUAAGUCAGCAUACUAGGAUUAAUAAUGGUAAAAGGAAUUUCGUACAUAGUAUUCAUAGGACCAAUAAGAAUAUUAAUUUGGGUAACUUUAAGUAUUAUAAAUAUUAUAGACACCCCCGUGGGUUAAAUAAUAAUCAUUCUAGGGCUGUAUUUAAUGAGAAAAAUAGGACAACUCAAAAUCAUUAUAAUGGAACUAGAAAUAGGAAGUUUGAAUAUAAUUGUAAUAGGUCUACUUUUAGUGCUUUUAACGAUCAAUCUAGAAAGGGUAUUAGCAAUAGACAGAGACCCAAUUAUACUAGCAGACCAUUUACCACUAACCAACAAUAUAACAUAGGGAACUUAGACUAUAACCUACGAACCCAAAAUUAUGUCGAAACUCCAAUUCCUCUGUUUUCCUCUGUCUCUUGAUGGUAAUUCCAAGAGACAGUAUAAGAAAAAGGAAAAAUAAAUUUCUAUUUUUCUUUUGUAAAAGUAUAAUUUUUUUGGGGGGAAUCAUACAUAUAAUUGUAUUAUGCGUGAAUAAAUCAAUUAUUAACUUCUGUUAUGUAGCGUCUUUAAAAAUAUAAAUAUAAGUAUUAUAAUUCUCAUUUCUCACGGUGUAAAAGAUUACCAGGAAUAGAUCUAGCAAAAAAAACACAUAUUUCUUUGGAGGCAGAAAACUGCCGUUGCAGGUUUUUAAAAUUUCAACCUAACCGUUAUACCGGAAUUAUAAACGUUCGUUUGUAAGGCAAUGCCUUUUUCUGUUAUUGCGUUGUCAGAAAUGAAUAGUGGACAUGUCCGAGUCUUAUUUUCUGACAAUCCUUGGACAGCAAUUCCCGAUUCGCACUUCAAAUUAUUACUUGAAUUUAACACGAUUAUAAAAUAUUAUAAUAGGAUUCGUUGACCGUUAGAACAGAAAUGA